AUGACAAGAAUAUUGAUAGAGGAUAGAGGAAGACAUCUUCAACUUGGCGAAGGAGGCGCCGAAGCACUUCUUGACUAUUUCACUAGGAUGCAACUAGUGAAUGAUGGUUUCUACUUUCAAAUGGAUUUGGAUGGUGAAUCUAAGUUGAGAAAUGUUUUUUGGGCCGAUGCACGAAGUAGGGCAUCUUAUGAAGAUUUUGGGGACAUUGUUACAUUUGACACAACGUACUUAACUAAUAAAUAUGGAAUGCCAUUUGCUCCUUUCGUGGGAGUGAAUCAUCAUGGUCAAUCAAUUCUAUUUGGGCAAGAUUACUAUCAGUUUGAUGGCAUUAAGAGUACCUUACGAAAAUGCGUGUAUGAUUCUCAAACACAUGGUGAGUUUGAGGAAAGUUGGAAAACUCUACUUGUGACUUAUAAUCUUGAGGAUAAUGAUUGGUUGCGUGGGUUAUACAAUGAGAGGGCUUCUUGGAUACCAUCAUAUUUGAAAUGGGUGUUUUGGGCUGGAAUGACUACUACACAACGGAGUGAAAGUAUGAACGCUUUUUUUGAUGGAUAUGUGCACCCGACCACCACAUUGAAACAAUUUGUUGACCAGUAUGAUAGUGCUUUGCGUAAGAAGGUUGAGAAUGAGAGGAUUGCAGAUUUUAAUUCUUUCAAUACCACGAUUCAAUGUGUAACCAUAUUUCAAUUUGAGAAAAAAUUUCAAGAAUGUUACACAAAUGCAAAAUUCAAAGAAGUCCAAGAGGAGCUUAAGGGGAGGAUGUACUGCACUCCGUAUCUUUUGAGUAGAAAAGCGCUUGCCGUAACAAAUGUGGACAACUACAUGGAAGCGAAAAGAUAUGUUCAUAUGUUAAUAGACAAAUUUAGUGGUUCAAGCUACAAACCUAGUCCACCCUCCCAAGCACUUGUCGGUGCAUCUUCUACAUGUAAUGAAUCCAUGGAUGGCGUGAAAAAUAAUAAGAUAGGUAGUCCCCUCACGGUUCGUGGUAAAGGAAAUGUGGCCUACUUGGAUCUAAGAGUGACAUGUGGCAUACAACGGUAA